CUGCCGGACUGACGGGCGGCCGGGCGGUGCGCGGCGGCGGCGGGGAAGAUGGCGGCGUCCUCCCUGGAGCAGAAGCUGUCCCGCCUGGAAGCAAAGCUGAAGCAGGAGAAUCGCGAGGCCCGGCGGAGGAUCGACCUCAACCUGGAUAUCAGCCCCCAGCGGCCCAGGCCCAUUAUUGUGAUCACUCUAAGCCCUGCUCCUGCCCCGUCCCAACGAGCAGCCCUCCAGCUCCCACUGGCCAAUGAUGGGGGCAGCCGCUCACCGUCCUCCGAGAGCUCUCCACAGCACCCCACGCCCCCUGCCCGGCCCCGCAAUAUGCUGGGGCUUCCGCCAACCUUGUUCAUGCCCCGCAGCAUGGAGAGCAUCGAGAUUGACCAGAAGCUGCAGGAGAUCAUGAAGCAGACGGGCUACCUGACCAUUGGGGGCCAGCGCUACCAAGCAGAAAUCAACGAUCUGGAGAACCUGGGGGAAAUGGGCAGCGGCACGUGCGGCCAGGUGUGGAAGAUGCGCUUCCGGAAGACGGGCCACGUCAUCGCCGUCAAGCAAAUGCGGCGCUCCGGGAAUAAGGAGGAGAACAAGCGGAUCCUCAUGGACCUGGACGUGGUGCUCAAGAGCCACGACUGUCCUUACAUCGUGCAGUGCUUCGGCACCUUCAUCACGAAUACGGAUGUCUUCAUUGCCAUGGAGCUCAUGGGCACGUGCGCUGAGAAGCUCAAGAAGCGGGUGCAGGGCCCCAUCCCCGAGCGGAUCCUGGGCAAGAUGACGGUGGCGAUCGUGAAGGCGCUCUACUACCUGAAGGAGAAGCACGGCGUGAUCCACCGUGACGUCAAGCCCUCCAACAUCCUGCUGGACGAGCGGGGCCAGAUCAAGCUCUGUGACUUUGGCAUCAGCGGCCGUCUGGUCGAUUCCAAGGCCAAGACGCGCAGCGCUGGCUGCGCCGCCUACAUGGCCCCGGAGCGCAUAGACCCCCCGGACCCCACCAAGCCAGACUACGACAUCCGGGCCGAUGUGUGGAGCCUGGGCAUCUCCUUGGUGAGUGGGGGCCCCCGCCUUUUGGGCAGCAUCUCCUCGGGAUCCAGAAGGAGGCGGAAGGGAGGGGAGGAACCCGUGCUCAGCCCGUCCAGCCCGGUCUUCUCUUCUAGGUGGAGCUGGCGACGGGACAGUUUCCCUACAAGAACUGCAAGACAGACUUUGAAGUCCUCACCAAAGUCCUACAGGAAGAGCCCCCGCUCUUGCCCGGCCACAUGGGCUUCUCAGGGGACUUUCAGUCCUUCGUCAAAGACUGCCUUACUAAGGAUCACAGGAAGAGACCAAAGUAUAAUAAGCUACUUGAACACAGCUUCAUCAAGCGCUACGAGAUGCUGGAGGUAGAUGUGGCAUCCUGGUUCAAGGACGUCAUGGCGAAGACUGAGUCACCGAGGACUAGCGGAGUCCUGAGCCAGCACCACCUGCCCUUCUUCAGGUAGCCACGUGGUGGCGGCCAGCCCCACCGGGGGCCAGGGGCAUGGCCACAGGCCCCCCUUCCCCACCUGGCCACCCAGCUGCCCACCAGGGGAGACCUGGGACCUGGACAGCUGCUGAGGGCUGAGGACAGAAAGUAGGGGGUGCCGACCCACCCCCAGCCCCCUGCCCACCAGCCGUGGACAGAUGGGCUCACCAGGCCCCAGCCCUUCCCGUCCCGGGGUCAGCCGGCCUCCCGGGGUCAGCCGGCCGUGUGCGUCCCCCUGACAGACACUGUGAACGGAAGACAGCAGGCCACGAGCAGACUCGCUAUUUAUUCAGUCGUAACCUCUGGGCUGGGGCGGCCCCCAGGGGCCGGGAGAGAGCCGCCCGUCCCGCCCCUCCCCCCCCACUCGCCGUGUGCUGUCCCCCCCGCCCCCCCCCCCAGACAUGCUCCCCGCCCCCCCCCCCCCCCCUCCCCCAUCCCCUGUCUACCUCUCUGGCUUUCCCCAUCUCCCUCCCUGCCUCUGCCUCUCUCCUGGCCCAUACCCGGGCUCCCCCUGCCAGCCCCCCCUGGGGGACUCCUGGGUCCACUUGGGUCUCCGGCAGUGGCGAGUCCGUCAGCUGGUGUCCUCGCCCCAGGAAGGCAGGCUGGGCGUUACGACUGCAGCUGGGCCUGGGCUGGUCUCUCUCUCUCUCUCUCUUUCUCUCUCUCUCUCUCUCUCUCUCUUUGAUCUCAGGGGGUCCUUUUUGGAGUUUAUUGUAUUUUAUUGUACUUGGUGGGGUGUUUGGGGUGGGGGGGCAAAGAGCUUGUUCUCACGGGGUUUGUCGGUACCUUCAGAAACUUUUACCAAAGUCAUGUUUAGCUGCUUGUGGUGGAGCCCCCUGACCGCCUGUGGGCACAGGCGUCUGGGGCCGGGGUGCGGGGCCGAGCCCCAAAGGUGGGCUCUGCGGGGCUCCUCCUCCCUUGGGGCCAGCCCUCGGGGCUGGAGACUGGCCACAGCUCGGGGGGGUGAGUUGAGGACCUCAGGGGGCGUGGAGGGAGCCCGAGGGGCCGUGGCCACACGGGGUGGCCUUCAGGGAAGGCGGGUGCAGGGCACGGUGAGGGCAGCGGACGCUGCUGCGGCAGGGAGGUGGUGGAGGGGGUAGUGGCAGGAGCGGGGCCCCGGGGCCCCGGGGAGGCAGGGAUCGAGGGUGCAAGGGGCGGGUGUGGGGGUUCGAGGACGUGUGACAGGACAGAGGUGGGGCUGGCUGAGGGCUGGGCGUGUGCAGGCAGUCACGCCCUUGGAGUGCCCCUGAGCGCCCCUCGACUCCCCCAGAGCUGGCCAGUCCGCCCCGCGCCCUCUGCAGCAGCUGGAAUGGGAGGGGGUGUGUUUCCUUUUUGUUGGUGAUGCAUGCAAAUUAAGUGGACAACAAAACAAAAAAACAAAAACAGAAACCCACAGAACCACAAAACCAACCAACACCAAAGGUGAGGAACUUGGCCGGAUGGAGCGGACGCAGUCUAGGCCUAGGCAUCACUGUAUCCUGUCUGUCCUGCGGACUCUCGUUCUGCUCCAAACUCACAAAACGCCGCAUGUUCAAAAGUCCUCGAGUUCUCUGCUCUCUGCCCCCCGCCCGGGAGGGAAACGGCCACCUUCUCUUGCCCCGGUCCCCUUUGUGAGGGGAUGGGGGCAGGGUGGGGGGCCCACAGGCCUGGUCCCCCACCUCCCUCACCUGGCCCAGCCAAGGAGGGGAGGGGAGGCGUGGCCUUUGUGGGUAGCUGGAAGGUUCCGUGGCUGGGCCCAGGGCCAGUGAAGGCCCUGGGGCCAGCCACCUGGAUUUAUUUUUAUUUAACUAUUUUCUGUUUUGUGAGUGCGUCUGCCCGCCCCUGUCCCCCUUCUGCGUGAAGUGGGGGGUUCUGGGGGAACCUCUUCUUCCCCUCUGCCUCUUUCCUGUCCUCUCCCUCCGUCGCCAGUCACCAGCCAUCCUUCUUGACCAGGCAGAGGGGGGAGCGGGUGGGCGGGCGGGCAGGGGCCUGGGGCGGCUUGGCUGAGGCCGCCGGCCCACGACCCCUUCCCCGGUCGCCAGUAUUCCCCCAGCCCUUUUUAAAAACGAAAUGCCCCUGUUUGUAAAUCCUUAGACGCUUGAGAAUAAAACCCCUCCCUUUUCUUCCACGGA